AUGAUAGUAAGGCAUGCAUGGCCCGUAGUGAUUGGGAGGACACUUGUACUAGGGUUUUUUUUUGUAAUUGGAUGCAUUUCAAUAUUGGGAAACCAGUUGAUCGGAACGUUUGUCUUUGCUAACGAUGCUGUACAGAAACAAGCGGUGAUCAAUCUCACGAAGAAACACUUCAUUGCGUUGUUCGGAACGAUAACACAAUGGGUCAGUCCGUGUAAGAUCUCUAUUACAUACGAUCCAUCGACGUUACCGGAAGGCGACUCAUUCAAAGUGGAUCCUCUGGGAAACUUAUCGAGCAUACUCAGUCCCAAUUCGGUGUUGAUUUCGAACCAUCAGCUCUAUACCGACUGGUUAUACUUGUGGUUUAUCUUAUACACGGCUAAAUUGGGUGAUUCGGUCUAUAUCAUGUUGAAGGACUUAUCCAAGAUCCCGGUAUUGGGGAUUGGAAUGAAGAACUACAAUUUCCUCUUCUUGUCGAGAAAAUGGGAAAAGGAUAAGAUUGUGUUGACGAAUCAAUUAUUGACGAUUGAUGCGAAUGCGAGAGGAUUGGGUCCUGCCAACGGAGUCACCCACGUUACUUCUACGAACGUAGGAUCUUCGGAACUUCAUCACUGGCCAGAGGGUCAUAAAGCGGGCCAAAUCUGGCCUUAUCUGGUUAUCUUGUAUCCGGAAGGAACUGUGACUUCUGCCCGCACAAGAGCAAAAUCUAACAAAUUCUGCGAAGAGAGAAAUAUGCCAGUUUUGAAACACACAUUACUUCCAAGAGUAAGAGGUUUAUUCUUGACCUUGAGGAAAUUGAGAAAUACUGUUGAGAUUGUCUACGAUUUCACGUGUGGCUACUCUGAUUUAAAGCCUGGAGAAUAUGGUGAAGAUAUAUAUACGUUGAAAAGGCAUUAUCUCAAAGGUUACGGUCCAAAAAAGAUCAGUUAUCAUCUCAGAGGAUGGAAGUUAUCUGAGAUUCCUUUAGGUGAAGAAACGGAAGAUAUUGAUGAUGUCUCUUCCGAAGAUUUAAUCAAAUUCGAAGAAUGGCUUUUUAAGGUGUGGUACGAAAAAGAUAGAAUGUUAGAUCAAUUUUAUAAACUCGGAUCCUUUGUAGAUCCAGAGAGUGAGGUUAAUUAUACCGCUGGAAAGGUUGCUGAGAAUACUGUUGUGGCCGACUUUAGAAUUAACAGUAUUGCCGAUAUUGUUGGAUCUUUUGCAUCUUUAACAAUUGUUUUAUUGAUACUUAGAAUUAUAUGGAUGACAUUGCUGAAAAUAUUAUUUUAG